UCAGCAGCCAAUGGAAACACUCACUUGUUUGAACAGGACAAGUGGACAAUUGGCUCAGAGUUAAGAGAAACUGAGGCCGACCUGCUCUUUCUAUCAACAUGCUGAGAAUUUGUCAACGUGUCAUUCAAAAGUUAAAGUCACGUUAGUUUGAACUGCGUGGUUUGGUGCGACACCCUCUGAAACACGUUCUCCAUUUCUCUCUUAGAGAAGUCACGUACGUCUGGUUAAUGUUUGCUGACUGGAGCAGAAUUUGUUCCGUUCAGUGUCUCAUUUGUACUGAUAAUCCAACCAGGAGAAUAUCAUGUCUAUUUCGCGUUUCUGCCUGAUUUAGAAAGGAGAUUUCGUGUUAGUUCAGCGCAGGCUGCACACUGGAGCAAGAAUUGACAUUUUAGGAAGUUGUUUCUCAGCAAAACCAAGGAUCUCCAUUUUUAGCUGCAACUGAGCGAUGGACUCCAAAGGGGCAAUGGAGGUGGCAGCGCUUGGACGACCUUUCAGCCUUGGGAUGCUUUACGACUGCCGCAGAGACUUACUCAUCACUGGAAUGACACUGUGGGACUACAAUGACCUGAAACAAAAUAUACAAGAAAGACCACAGAACUAUAAUGACUUUGAAAUAGUUGCAUCUGAGUCAAUGGAAGCUAAAUCUUCAGCAUUAAAUGUUGAAGCAUCACUGAAGGCAAGUUUCUUGGGUGGACUGGUUGAGGUUGGUGGAUCAGCCAAAUACCUGAAUGAUCAUAAGACAUCCAAAAAUCAGGCCAGGGUCACACUCUCAUACAAGGCUACCACACAUGUCCAGGAACUGUCAAUGAAUCAUCUUGGAAGAGGCAACGUGAAGCAUCCAUAUGUUUUUGAUCAGGGAAUAGCAACACAUGUAGUCACAGCUGUUCUUUAUGGGGCACAAGCUUUCUUUGUCUUUGACCGUGAGGUGUCAGAAAAGGAAGAUCAUCAAGACAUUCAGGGGAACUUGAAAGUGAUGAUCAAGAAGAUCCCACUCCUCUCUAUAGAGGGUGAAGGUUCCCUGAAAAUGGAAGACAAGGACAGAGCAAAUGCUGAGAAAUUCUCCUGCAGAUUCUAUGGAGACUUUUCUCUUCAGAAACCUCCAACAUCCUUUCAGGAUGCAGUACAAGUCUACCAGAGCCUGCCAACAUUACUGGGAGCCAAUGGAGAAAAUGCUGUACCAAUGAAGGUCUGGCUGUUGCCCCUGACAGUUUUAGAUUCUUCUGCCGCUCAACUUGUUCGUCAGAUAAGUACAAGAUUAGUUCAGGAGGCACAGAGUGUCCUGGAGGACUUCAGUGAGCUGGAAAUGAGGUGCAACGAUGCAAUGAGAACAACCACUGCACAGCAGUUCCCACAGAUUGGCAACAAACUUAAACGUUUUAAAGAAAUGUGCUCUGAGUUCAGACUGGAGUUUCAACAAAACUUGGCAAAGAAGCUUCCAUCAAUCCGAGGAGGAGGUGAAGAGGAGGCUGUGCUCGCAGAGAUACUGAUGAAGAGACGUUCUUCUCCUUUCAACAACAAAAGCCUGAACGAGUGGAUGGACUGUAAAGAGAGAGAAAUCUACACAGUAAUGUCUUUCACCAACAAGAUGAAAAACACAGAGAUCAUCCCAUCUCAGAGUCAUUUGUACAAGGAAAUUCUCAGUGCAGAGCAUGCUGUGUGUUUUGUGUUCACCUCACUGGGAAGUGCUGAACCGUACCUCUCAGCUUUAUCAAACUACUUAAGAGGAACAACCAAACCAGACGACCCUCAAGAUCCAUAUACUCAUGAUGUAGAGAGGGAACAGUGGUACACCUCAAAAGAAGUGGCUGAUACAAUCAGACAUGAAGCUAAGCUCUUCAUUGACUUUACAGAGGCCAACAAGGAGAACAAGAACAUAAAGUUCCUGACAGUGGGUUUGACAGAUGAGAAACAGAAAGGUUCAAGCAUCCACCUUUAUAAAGACGGAUUUUCUGUCAGUGAGAACUUUGAACCACCUUCAAAGCCUGAAACUGUCACAGUAAGAGACAUAAACCACAACAGUGUGACACUGAAGAUUUCUCCACCCAGAUUUGGAGCAGAGAACAUCACCUCCUACUGUGUUGAGUCCUGUGUCAGUGGAGAGGAUGGAUGGCAACAGAAGACAGAGUCAAAGACUGAAGAAGUCACAGUGAGUGAUCUGAGUCCUAACACAGAGUAUGUGUUCAGAUGCAGAGCAGUGACCUCAGUAGGUGUUGGACCAUCCAAUCAAGUCAGUGGUUCCAUUAAAACACUGCCUUGCAGCCCUCCUGGAAAACCUCAAGUUGAACCACAGUCAGCUGAGGUAUCAGUUAGCUGGGAGAAACCUUCUGAGGUUGGACCAGACGUCCAGGUUUUGAGCUACAUCGUGGAGUACGCCCAAAGAGACGAUAAGGUGAAAGAAGAAGAUCUCCAAUGGAAACAGAUGUUGUCGAGAGCUGAAAAGGUGAUCAUUUCAGGACUCCAGUCAGAGACUGAAUAUGUUGUCAGGGUCAGAUGUGAUUGUGGUGUAGCUGGAAAAAGCAAAGAAAGCAUCAUGGUUAAUGUCUGUACAACAAAAUUCAACACUCUCAUAAAAUCCCUCAAAGGUACAAGCACAAAGAUAAAUUCUGAAUCCCCCUCAGUUUACAAACUGCCUCUUGAAGAAGACGACAUGAACAUAGAUGGAUGCCGGAUCUACAAAUUUGGCAAAGACAGCAAGAGAAGAAAUCGCACCAUAAUUCUUUUUGGAACAAGCGGAUCAGGAAAGACCACUCUGAUCAAUGGAAUGAUCAACUACAUUGUUGGUGUAGAGUGGAAGGACGAUGUCAGAUUCACAUUAGUUGAUGAGGGUCAGUAUGAAGAACACAGUGGAGAAGUCACUGUGUACAAAAUCAACCACCAGCAGGGUUUUGAAAUAGAUCACUCACUGACCAUUGUUGACACUCCAGACUAUGGAGAUAGCUUUGGAAUCACAGAAAGAGUCAAAGUGACUGUAGAUCAGUUGGGUAAUCUCUUCUCUGCUCAGCUCGGUGUCAGUGAAAUUGAUGCUGUGUGUUUAGUAGUUCAGGCUUCUUUCACACGACUCACACCAACACAGAAAUAUGUGUUUGAUUCACUGCUCUCAAUCUUUGGCAAAGAUGUGGCAGAAAACAUCAGGGUUCUGGUGACAUUUGCAGACGGCCAACGUCCUCCAGUUCUAGAGGCAAUCAAUGCUUCAGGUGUCCCAUGUCCUAAAACAAAAGACGGACUGCCAGUUCACUUCAAGUUCAAUAAUUCAGCCUUGUUUGCUCAGAACACAUCAUCUGCAGCAGAGAGAGGGAGUGAGGAUGAUGAAGACGAAGAGGAAAACUUCCAGAUGUUCUGGAACAUGGGAACAAAAGGCAUGAAGAGGUUUUUUGGUGCUUUGAAUGAAAUUGAGACCAAAAGCUUGACGAUGACAAAGGAGGUCCUCAAAGAAGGACCACAGAUCGAGGUUUCAGGUGAGGAUCUGAGGCAGGUUGGAAUGGGUCCACCUGUAAUGGGAUAUUAUAAUGACCUGUUGGGGAUGACGUUUGUACCAAAGUCUUAGACAUUAAACAGUGUCCAUAAUUGCUAUGACCAAGAAAAGCUUGCAUGUUAAUGUGUGAACAAAUGUAUGAUGUAUCACACCUGAACAGCUUUUUCUUAGUUUCUGGUUUUUGCUAAAAUGAUUAAAUAUUUCUCCAUUACACCCAGUUUGUAUAAUUCGCAGUUGUUAAUCUGAGUCAUCGCUUCCUUUUUAUUUUAACAUUUGUCUUUGUAUCUACUGUUGUUUGUUUUCAUGAUCUGAAUCAUUUUACUGACUCCUGAUACUGAUGUGUAUUGACUAACAUUUUAUUGUCCUGUGAGAUCAUCUGAUGGCUGAUAAUCAAUAAAUGAUCAUCAAUAAAUGUCACUGUUCCUCA